AAAACCCAAAAAAAAAAAGAACCGGCGCAAGAGAGAUCACCAUCCAGCGGGCAUCUGUCCGCUCCAACGCACAGUGCUGAACAGGAUAUAGAUAGAGCCCUGCAUGCAGAACUGAGAGUGUAAGGACUCUAGCGCUUGAGAUUUUUCCAUACACCUUUAUUUUUUAAGCGGUAUGCUUUAAGCCGAAACGUUUCUAGUGGGAGAAACUAUGAAUAGGGAUAAAGUGCAGGUGGGCGACAUCUCCAUCGAACCGCCUGCGACUGGCAUCGCUGCGCAGACAGCAGUGAUCGUGGUCGCGUCUCCGGAAAGCGUGGACAUGGAGGCGCAUGGGGAAAAGCGCAUCGCUUCCGGUGAGCUGGCUGUGUUUUCCUGCCCCGCAGCCAGAGAUGUGCUUCAGGCGGAAAGCCGAGAGAACUCCGUGCGCCAGGACGCACCUGCGCUUCCGCCACCCAGCGCUCCUCGGAACACAUCCUUCUCAGUGCUGGACAUUCUGGACCCAAAUAAGUUCACAAGCAAAAGACAGCCACUCAGCCGGACAGCCUGUGACUCCGGCUGUGGCUUCGGUACAGAAAACAGAGGCGAAGAUUCAAAUCAUGCAGCAGAUCAGAAAGCAUAUCCCGAAGAGUACGAGUGCAAGAAAUCAUCUGGAAUGCUAACAGAGGACGGUUUCGUGUUCAGGUCUUCUGAAUGUGAGGCUGAUUUUACGCGUGGGAAUCACACGGACAGCGAGCUGCAGGAUGAUCUGUGCAGUGAGGAGAGCAGCGGCGCGCUCACCGGAAACGCCGACGGAGAGGACGAGGACCCGGUCCUGAAAAGCCCGAGUGGCGGCGACCAGCAGAGCCAGCAGUCCUCCUCAAACGGACCGAACCAGCAAGGCAAGCCGAAGAGAAAACGCUCCGGCUCGGACUCCAAGUCCGGCAAGCCGAGAAGAGCUCGGACUGCGUUCACAUACGAGCAGCUCGUGGCGCUGGAGAACAAGUUCAAGUCGACGCGCUACCUUUCCGUGUGCGAGCGCCUCAACCUGGCGCUGUCACUGAGUUUAACGGAGACGCAGGUGAAAAUCUGGUUUCAGAACCGCCGGACAAAGUGGAAGAAGCAGAACCCGGGAGCAGACACGAGCGCUCCGACGGGUGGUGGCGGUGGAGGACCGAACGGACCGGGCGCCGGUUUGGGCAGCCUGAGUCCCCUCAGUCCGUCUCCACCCAUGAGCGGGCAUCUAUCAAUGCACACCAGCUAUCCGAGUCACACACCUGGAGGACUAGUGUGCACUACUCAGUUACCCUUCCUGCCCAGUCAUGCAGUACUGUCCCCGUUCAUGCUGAGCUCGCAGACGUACGGAGCGCCCGCUUUUUACACGCCGCACUUGUAAGAAGACUAUUCUGUAAAUACACUGAAAUAUCAAACCCCAGAACUGACACACCCUGAGCAACGCACUUUCCAGUCUGUGAUGGCCAGAACGCGGGGGAAUGCGUGGCAUUUGAGGCACUUUCUGUUAGCUUAAGUUCUCUAAAGCACUGAGAGAAGAAUAAACACAUACCUGCUGAAUAACUGCUGAUGCGCUCGACAGCGUGUCGGACAGCUGAAACCCUGAGACACCAUGACGCACAAGAUCUUCCUCAUGUCCAAGUCGCUCAGUUUUACUCCCCAAGUGUUAUUUCGUUACAUUUAUCCUGGUUUUGAAUCACUAAAAUGUGAGCAUUUUCCUGGCUCAGACUGUAAAUAUUAUCAUGAAUAUAUGUUAGGCACUAAUUUUGAAUGCAAAUGCGAAAAUAGUAAGGAAUCAGUGGGGAAAAAAAGAUAUGUAUCCAACCCAUAAACGAACCUGUCUAAUUAAAAUAAUUGUGAAAAUUAUUCGUGAAAGGUUUAUCUAAAACUUUUUAAAUGUUUAGGGUUAUUUAUUUCAAAAAAAUUUACAUGCUAUUUCAUUGUUUGGGUUGAAAAGAAUUUAAAUAAAACACCAUUUUAUAAGA